GAAAAAUGGAAGGAUACCAUCUGUAGCUUGGUGAACAAGGUUUACUGGCACUUACUCGGUUUUCGAAGCUUCACCUUCCAUUCCACACACAAACCACAGGUCCGGAGUUCCGUUAGGUCACUCGUGGGGCCCAUCCAAACCGCAGGCGCGUCUCUUCGUAGUGGAAAACACCGAAGACGAGGCACAGGUUCGGAAACCCAACCUCUUCCAUGGCAAUUCCAACGCACAUCCUUGGUGGAAUUUCCCGCUCACUUGUACACACUGUCGCUUUCUUUGUCUUUGCCUACUGAGAAAUAGCAACAAAAAAAACGUUGUAGAGGUUGAAUACGCUGAACUUGUCUCUCGAAUGCGUUUUCUUUGUUGCUCUUCUUCGAUACAAUGGCUAGGAGCUGGCUUAUUGACAUUGGAGGAUUUGCAAAGAAAGUGAAAAGCACUACUCUAUCUUCAGCUGAUCAAAUCAAAGAUUGUGGGGCAUAUCGUGAAUGUCCAAACUGUUCUUAUCAUAUUGAUAACAGUGAUGUUUCUACUGAGUGGCCUGGCUUUCCUCUUGGUGUAAAGUUUGAUCCUUCUGAUGUAGAACUCUUAGAACAUUUAGCAGCAAAAUGUGGCAUUGGAAACACUCAGCAACACAUGUUUAUCAAUGAGUUCAUCCCAACACUGGAAGGAGACCAAGGAAUUUGCUACACACAUCCGGAAAAUCUUCCAGGUGCUAAGAAAGAUGGGAGUUAUGUCCAUUUCUUUCACAGAACAACCAAUGCAUAUGCUACUGGUCAACGAAAGCGUCGAAAGAUUCAUCAUCAACAGGGUUUGACUGAAGAGCAUGUGCGCUGGCAUAAGACUGGCAAGACGAAAGCUAUAAUAGAAGAUGGAGCACAUAAGGGCUUUAAGAAGAUCAUGGUUCUCUAUGUAAGAUCCAGUGAGAAUGGGUCCAGGUCUUAUAAAUCCAACUGGGUAAUGCAUCAGUACCAUCUAGGGACUGUAGAAGAAGAAAAGGAAGGUGAAUAUGUGGUUUCAAAAAUUUUCUGUCAACAGCAAAAGCAGACUGAGAAAAAUGAGGGCAAUCCAAUGGCUGAAGAUCCUGACAAUAUAAUAUCACGAACAGGUCCUAGAACUCCGAAACCAAAUCCCCCCAAUCCACCUCGUGCGGGAAAAUCUGUUGAUUGUGAUGAUAACAUUGAUGAAACUGUACUUCUGUCUUCUGCCCUGGAUACCAAGACAAUCCCUGGAGAAUCACAUGCUCCACAAUCAGAUAUUCAGGAUCAAGACUUUACUGGCAAUGCUGCAUGGCUAGCUGGCGAAUCGCAGGCUGAGGAAAGCACCAAAUAUGAUGGCUGUGACGACAUCUUAUUGUGCAAGGAGAUCUUAGAUUCUUCUGCUAUAUUAAAUGACCCUGGAUUGGACUCCACCAAUCUUGAAGACAUUGCAGGCUAUGCUACCCAAAGGGCUAGAAAUGAUAAUGAAUCUUGCGGAAUUUCUGUUCUGGAUUCACUGGAAUUGGAUACUCCUGAUUUUGAUCUUUCUAGUUUGUAUUUUUGUUCUCAAGACAGUAUCCUUGAUUGGAUGGACAGGUUAUGAGGUGCUCUAUGUAUGAUGCCCUUUUUGGUACCAAAUCCAGAAGUUGUUCCAUUCAAUUGCCGGGGUAGUGCAUCCUUUUUCUCCCUUUCAUGCUUCAAUUGCUGUGGUUUUUCUUCUUCUGGAUGCAGCAAAUAUAGUGCAUGAAGUUUUGGUCGUCAUCAUCUGAUGUUUCAUGCUAGUAAGCGGAAAUAAUACUACUUUCUUUGGUUCCUCAACUCUUGCAACUUUUGUCAUAUUAUGAAGUUAAGCUCUUAUCUAGCUAGAGCUGGAGUUUUGCCUUCUUCAUUGGAGGUUAUUUGUGUGAGAAAUUGUUUUUGGAGGCUAUUUGUUUCUUCAUGGCCAAUUUAAACUUGUGCUUUGGCUCAUUAUGUCAGCCGUGAAAGUGAAUACUACUUUGGUGAUGAAAUCCGAAAUGGUGUAGUUGACUAUAUGUACUAGAUUUCAAGAUGGUGAGUGUUCUAUGUGAAUAUUGAUAACAUAAUUAUUGCGUACAAUUAUUUUCAAGGCAAAA